UUAGUUCCGUAGCGUCCGUACUUGUUCAGCUGCGCCACUAGUGACCAUUUCACAGUUUCAGAAAACGUCGUAGAAACGUUACAACAUGUUGGCAUUCGCUGUCCUCUUCUUUGUCCAGGUCUUGUCGAUCAAGGCCCAGACGGGCUGUAACUCGAACGCAGACUGCCUGUCCACGGAGUGCUGCCGCUGGUGGAACAGUGCCCGGCCCAUGGCGGAACAGAUGUUCUUCAUCCAACCUGUGGACAACUCCGGCUCUACUGCAGGGUACUGCGGACCCAUGGCUCAGGACGGUGAGCAGUGUUCCCUGCAGUACGGCUCCAGCCCGUGUCACUGUGAGACCGGACUGCGGUGCUGGGCGGGGAUAGUGGGAGCCUACCCCACCACCGGCACCUGCCGCACACCUGAGUACAUCCAGCAGGCCUGGGACACCUGGAACGAGAACAACAACGGCAUGUACCCACCUGCCAUGCCCAUGGGGAUGGAACAACAAGACGGCAUGGGCAUCAUGAUACCACAGUAGUUUGAUAAUGGGGGAGAUUUUCUCUACAAGUAAACAUGAUGGAAAAUUAUAUAUUCCUUGUGUUUUUCUCGCGUAUGUGUGUAAACGUUGGGUGAGAAAAAAAGGACGUCGACGUCAUGUAAAGAUACGCAACCAUCAAAACGUUUGGCAACUUGGGGAAAUAAAACAACGUGUAGUUGUGCUGUGUAUCAUUAAAAUUCUUGAAAUUA